CGCUCAGCAGACGCGACGCGACAAACCCACAGCGCUCCUAUUGUAAUCACCGAAGCAGCGCGCUCGCGGUACCGAGAGUUCGCUGAUUGUGUUGGUCGCGUCGCGUCGCGUCGCGUGCUGGGUGUCGUUGGUCGCUCUCCUCCUCUCAGUCAGUGUGAUCAGAUUUGAUCUGGCACCUGUGUGCGCGCGACCCACGGGAGCCUGUUGCUCGUGUGUGUUGUGGAGCGAUCAGCUGCUUUGACUAUGCGCGCGACUGCACGAUAACGAUCAUGUUUUGCGGCUUUGCGCGUUAAUGAUGAUAAAGAGGACGCUUUUCGGAUAGAUACAUUUUGUGCGUGUGUGUGUGUUUCUUGAUGUCCACUGAUCUGUCCUCAUCCUCCUCCAGCAUCUGAUGAAGUUUGGACGCGUUUUAGAUGCACUAUGUGAUGCAUUUAUGAUCUAGUCACCGGCGCGUCUUGAGAAGAACACAGAAAGCAAGGUCCUCGUUAUUUGUUUCCGCGAUGUCAAUGAGAAAAGCCACAUUGACGGAGAAUGGGGUUAAAAACGGAACAUCGAGGAAUGUGCUGGAGCGAUGCGCCUCGGUCAAUGAGUAUUUUGAUAUUGCUUUCAAGGUGAUGCUGCUGGGAGACUCGGCAGUGGGGAAGACCUGCAUCCUGGUGCGCUUUAAAGAUGGUGCCUUUCUGGGAGGCAACUUCAUUGCCACAGUGGGGAUAGACUUUAGGAAUAAGGUGGUGACUGUGGAUAACAUGAAAGUCAAACUCCAGAUGUGGGACACGGCCGGUCAGGAGAGGUUUCGCAGUGUUACUCACGCAUACUACAGAGAUGCUCAGGCUCUGCUGCUGCUGUAUGACAUCACGAGAAAGUCCUCCUUCGACAACAUCAGAGCCUGGCUGACUGAAAUCUAUGAGUAUGCACAGAAGGAUGUGGUCAUCAUGUUGCUUGGCAACAAGUCAGACAUGGCUGCUGAGAGGGUGAUCACACAUGAAGAAGGGGAGAAGCUGGCUAAGGAAUACGGAGUCCCUUUCAUGGAGACAAGUGCCAAGACCGGCGUCAAUGUGGAACUGGCUUUCCAUGCCAUAGCAAGAGAACUCAAGCACAGAAACAUCCAGCAGCCCCACGAGCCCAAGUUCAAGAUCCAUGAUUACAUCGAGUCAGAGAAGCAGAAGUCCAACUGCUGCGGCGGCAUCAUGUGACCAGCUCCAGAUAUUCAUACACCAAGACGUGUGUGAAUGAAACGUGCUUUGUUUUGAUGUGUCCGAUCCCCCAGACCCCUGUCCGCUUUAUAGUCAGGAAUAUACAGCCAAAUACUGCUGAGGUGCAUCAGAGUAAUACGUUUCUGCUUUACAAACUGUAUUAAUCCAGGUGUGUACAGUAUCCAGAUGUGUCUGAUUAUUCCAGGUACGUUUGCUAGUGUAACGUGGUUUCCGGGUUUCUUCUCUGAUGGUUAUAGCCUCUAUCUACACACAGCAUAAGAUAUAUUAGUAUUGUAUUACAUUAUAUGCCACGCAGAUGUGCUCGAAUCGGAGCGGUGAGCUUGUGUCUGUAGUGGGUUUAUAUAUAUAUAUACUGUAUAUAUAUAUAAAAUUCUUUACUGUACAUUUGAGUGUCUUGCAGAGUCAGAAUAUCAGAUUAUUAUGUUUACAAUCAGUAUAUAUUGACGACUUAAAAACAAUCAUAGCACAGCUUGACCAAGUCAGGCCUGAUUCUGACGUAAUAUAGGUUUCUUUUUGCUCCGCGUACAAGCAUGUCACACUUUCAUACCUGUCACACUCACUGUAUGACUUAGAGAUUGAUCUGAAAUGUGAAUCUGGGUUGUAUCCUACAAUAUUUUGACUUGUCUCAUCUGUAUGCUUUACAUUUUUCAUAGUGAUCACAAAGUGCCAUGAGAAAGUCCAAUGUAACCACAUUUGUGUUUUGUAAAAGGGUUUUUUGUGCUUCUGGUGUUUUCCAUCGUUUGAUUUAUUUAAUAUUUAAAGCCACAGGGGGGCGGUAUUACACAUUGAGAAUUGCUAAUCAAUAAUAACGAGCUUAAUGAUUGAAUUGCCUUACCUUUGAAAUUUCAAAUAUGUGUCCUGUACUUUUAAAUAAUAAAGUGAAUUACGUGAACAUCAGGUUAAUGGUCUCGGUUUGGGACAAGAGACGACGAACAAACUUUAGUUGAAUGAGUAAAUGCUUGUGUUGUAUUAUUUCUUGUAAGUUGUUUUGCAUAAAAUCACCUGCCAAAUUAAUAAAUGUAAAUGUUAUUUGA